AUGAACCCCGCCUAUAAUCCCGAUCAACAUUAUUCCUCGUGGAUGUCAACCUCUGAUGCUCGUAGAACUGAAUUCGAUGCGCUGGCAGUAGAUAUGGCCCAAUGUUUAGAAAAUUUGCGUGUAUGCCUUGAGGAAAAUGGCGGUCACCAACAGCAUACCUCUACCUAUCCACACGCAUCGAAUGUCACCUACACCUCACACGUGCCGCUUUCAGCAACACAUUCCCAAUAUCACCACGAUUAUUCUUCUCAAGGAGCACUUUCAAGUAGCACUGGACCAUCCCAUCUGGAUUCCACCAAAACUUCCAAUCAAUAUCUCCCCACCCACCAUUUUGCCCCGGGGCAAUUCGUGGGUUACAGUUAUUCCAUCCCACCUCAGACUAGCGGAGUACGAGUCGAGCGGAGCGCAGUAACUGCUGAAUCACCCCCAGCUCGAAUCACCAACCAGAAGAGAGUGGACUCGGUGAAUCGUGGAGGUUCUCUACGACGCGAAGCACCGGCCGACAAAGUGUGCGGAUUCUGUCAAGCUAGUUUUACUAGAAAUGAGAGAUUGAGAUAUCACAUUGAAAGUGUCCAUCUUAAGCUCGAGCCGGAGUAUGGCUGUGAUGUCCCGGGUUGUCAACGGGCAUUCCGUCAGCGAAGCGAUCUCCUUCGACACCAGCGUACUGUUCAUCGAUCCCUAUUUCCACAGUAA